AUGGAUGACUUGUUCAAACGUGCCAACAAAUAUUCAAUGCUCGAGGAUGACGUACGGGCAGCCAUCCAACAAGUCAUGGUUGCCGGGCAAGCGGCUAGGGGAGGUGCGGACAGACAUGCUAAACCUCCGGACCGGCCAAAACCAGUUGACCGGAGGCAGGAAGGGCCAAGUGGCCUAGACCCAUCGGAACGGAUCCAUCCACAAGAGACCGUAGCAGGAGAUGUGCCUUCCACAAGGAUCAUCCAGACAAAACAUGGAGAUAUAUAUGAUUGUGUGGACUUCUACAAGCAACCUGCAUUUGAUCAUCCUUUAUUGAAGAAUCAUAAUUUUCAUCCCCAGUAUAUGAGGCCAACAUCACCUCCUAGAAGAGUGAGCCCAGAGAAAGAGGUGCCAAAACCUGAUUAUAAACACGUGAAAAUAGGGUUGGAGGGUGGAGGAUGUCCGAUGGGAACAGUUCCCAUAAGGAGAACUACUAAAGAUGAUCUCAUUAGAGCCAAAUUGUACUCAGAAAUGCAUGCUUCGAAAAUUAAUCCUCUUACUGACGAGGAACCUGGCAAACAUUUUGCUGUGGCUCGAACUUUCGAAAAUAUCGAUUAUGAUGGAGUUGGAGCGAUGCUUAGCGUAUGGAAUCUUCCGGUUCAAGCUCCUCAAUACACUUUAGGUCGAGUAAAGAUUAAAAAUGGUGCCGAAAGCUUAGAAGCUGGGUGGACGGUGAGUGGACAAAAGAUUUUGCUUGUGAAUCCGGUUUUAUAUGGUGGUGAUAAUAGAACCAGAAUGUAUAUUUAUACCAAUGCUGGUCAAGCACAUUGUUUCAACACACAAUGUGGAUAUAUACAAGCUUCAAUAGAUAUACCUGUGGACAUGUUCUCGAACCAGUUUCAAGAUAUGGACACGAUUAAUCUGAACUGGUAUCUUAAAUACGAUGACAAUCGUACCGUGAUAGGUUGGUGGCCAAGUCGAAUAUUCACCAAUUUAGGAAGCACGGCUACGGGAGCAGAAUGGGGAGGAGAGGUAUUCAGCCCACCGAAUGUCCCUAGUCCAGGAAUGGGUUCCGGUCAUCGGAUAAAGUUGGACACCAAUUAUGAUGCAUUUUUCGCGCAAGCCAAUAUUGUAGUAAAUAAUACGAUUAUAAAACCUCGUAAGGACCUAAAGCUGUUUACUGAUAGUUUUAAUUUCGAUAUAACCAAUAAAGGAGAUGUUGGAGGGGAACCUGGUUAUCUGAUCCUUUAUGGGGGUGUUUCUGGUGCAAUUGGAAAUUGA